GACGCGCGCUGAAACCAGAUGCCGCCACCAGCAGAUUCCUUCUGACGCCAAAAAUGGGCUGCGCAAUAUCAGGUCUCGCAGCGAAAUCAGAGUUUGCAGAGAGGACUACAGAAGAUGCUGCUGCGUAUCCCAGCGAGGAUCAGGUUCAGAUGAUUAAGGAGUCGUGGAAAGUUAUCCAGGACGAUAUAGCCAAAGCUGGGAUUAUUAUGUUCGUCAGGUUGUUUGAGACCCAUCCUGAAUGCAAGGACGUCUUUUUCCUCUUCCGAGAUGUGGAGGACCUGGAGAGGUUGCGGACCAGCCGAGAACUCAGGGCACACGGCCUGCGGGUGAUGUCUUUUAUUGAAAAAAGUGUGGCUAGACUGGAGCACCUGGACAGACUGGAGGCUCUGGCUCUGGAGCUGGGAAAAAGCCAUUAUCAUUACAACGCCCCGCCUAAGUACUACAGCUAUGUUGGAGCAGAAUUCAUCUGUGCUGUGCAGCCCAUCCUGAAAGAGAGGUGGACCGCUGAGCUGGAGGAGGCGUGGAAGACCAUGUUCCAGUAUGUGACCAACCUCAUGAACCAGGGAUACCAGGAAGAGAGCGCCCGACAACGCCAGCUCGCACUCUCCCCAAAAGAAAGGCCGGACAAGAGAAACACCGCGCUAUGAGACGACGCUUCUUUAAACCCCAACAGACUGUUAUCAUCAGUACAGCACAGAAAUGUGUGUAUGUAAAUAGCCUAUUACCUGUCUUUGUUUUCUAUAUUGCUCAUGUUUGGUCAUUGUUUAGAACAUUAACAGACAAAAAACAAGCAGCGACUCUUUAGAA